CCUCCUCUCCUUUUUCAGUGAGCAGACAUGCUGGCUCCACAGCUGCUCCUCAAGACUCUGGAAGGACUGCGCAAAGAUGACUUCGAAACUUUUAAGUGGUAUCUCACAAUGGAGGUCCUGGAGGGCUGCAGUCCAAUUCCUGUUUGCCAUCUGGAGGAGGCAUCCCGAACGAACACUGUGAAAAGGAUGACAGAGAACUACGGCGAAGAUUCGGCUGUGAAAAUCACUAUUGAGAUCCUGAAGAAGCUGGGAAACAACAACGCUGCAGAGGAGUUAAAGAAAAAAUAUGCAGCAUCUCCCGCGGCUCCAGUAGCACCUCCCGCUGCUCCCGUAGCACCUCCUGCUGCUCCUGCUACAAUAUCAGCUCAGAGUGGAUCUGUGAUUAUCGCUCCGACAAUCACCGGUUCCACAGCUGGGACGUGGAAUGUAAACGUCACUAGAUAAACCAAUGGAACACAACCAGACUGGGGAAAGGGGAUAAAGAUUUCUAUAUUUUUAAAUAACUGGUAAAUAAAUAGAUAACGAACAUCUAGUAGUUCUUAGUAAAAUGGAAACAUUUGCAGGUUAUAGAACCGGUGGGAGUCCUCCAGCUCCAGACGGACUAAUUUAAAGAAAAUUUUACUUAAACAGUUUACUUAAAAACCCAAAGGCACUUAAACUGACUUAAAGCACCAGUGGGGACAAAGGCUGACUGUCGUGCUGUAACACGUCACCUGCUUGGCCAAAAACUUACACCUGAACACACCGUGAAGCUCAAUCAACAGGCUCACUAUGUUCAAUCAGCCAAAAAAAAACAGCCAACACUGCCAACUAGUGCCGUCAGUGUGGGACACACUGCAAAGACCACAGCAACAGACACUCGACGACAGCACAACAUUCAGCGAUGGUGGACAGUGGCUUGGUGUGUCAGGGCCCUCAGUCUCCAUAUUAGCAUUUGUAAGCAUUACACAGACAUUUAAUACAUGCUUUAUGAGUCACCAUCAUGUAAUUGUAGUCAGAUGAAAGUACAUUUUAGUGUAUAUUAAUGCAUCUGUAAUAACUUCUCUUAUCCCCUAACGAUGUUUUGUUUAAUAAUGACUAUGUCCUUUACAAUGAUGUGACAACAGAUCUGGCCGUAUAUAUAUUUCCUUUUUAGUGUUGUUCUUAGAACAAGCACCCUCACUACAUUUGAGUACAUUUUGUAUUUUUAAAAAUUGUGAGAAAUGUGUUUUUUUCUAAAUAAACGACAACAAAAACAA